ACAUCAAAACGUUCCUUAUCUGAGUAACUAAAUUAAGUCCACAAUUUAGACCAAAAGUCGAAAUGGCUUUUAAUUUAGUAGAUGUCAAAACUAUAUACGGUGAAGACAAAAACCUUAAAGAAAAAGACGUCAAAACCGUUGUCAAAUGGGUCCAAAGCCAACCACAUUUGCCUAACAUUGGUGAUUUCGAAGUGAUUCUUUUUCUGCGAAAAUGUCACUAUCGUCUCUUGCAUACCCAGAUCGUGAUUGAUACAUUUUUCACCUCGAAAAUUUUAUGGCCUGAGGUAUUUCUUGCACUGAAUUUUGCCAAUUCGCCACAGCUUCAAGGCAUUCUUGACACAAUGAUAAUGAUGACUCUACCUAAAAGAACCCCCGAGGGCUACACCAUCUUCUUUAUGAAAGCUUUGAGCGAAAAUAUGAUUAAUUACCCACUCGAAACCUUCUUCAAAUAUGCCCACAUGGUUUCUAUGUUGGAGGUGUACCAAAAUGGUCCACCCAAUGGGCACGUAAUCGUCCAAGACAUACAACCUUUCCCUGCUUCCUACGUGCCCAAAUUAGAGUUUGGUCUUUUCAAGAAAUUUUUCUACUAUCAUCACGAAUUCGUACCAACGAUGCAAGUAAAAGGGCUACAUCUUGUAAAUACGAAUCCAAAGAUGGAUGAAAUUAUGGCGGUUUUGGAAAGUGCUUCAUUGAAGUCGCUUUUGCCUUUAUUGUUAGCCCACAAGUCGAUUGAUGGUUUGGUGAAGUACGUUCCAAGAGAAUGUUUGCCUCAAGAUUAUGGUGGUUUGUUAGAACCAUCGAGUGUUUUACAUUAGAAAAGUAAAAGAGAGUUGUUGAAGAAUGGUGCCUUCUUUGACUGGAGUGAUCAACUAGUGGUGGACGAGCGUAAGAGACCUGCUAAGAACGUGAUUGCCCAGAAUAUGUUUGGAUUUGAAAAAUAAUCCAAUAAUUGUGUAUUUUGCUAUAAUAAAC